CCCAUCCCACACCGGCAUCGUCGCCUCCGCCACCUUCUCCCUCCCCCAAGAACCCAACCCACGAGCGCGGCGAUCACCUUCCCAGCGCAGCUCCCAUGGGGCGUCACCGUUACAGGAGGCGCCCACCGAGCCCCUCCUCCUCCUCCUCCUCGUCGGAUCUCGAGGACAUGCUGCCGGUGGGCGCGGAGGUGGAGGUGCGCAGCGAGGACCCCGGCUUCGCCGGCUCCUUCUACGAGGCCACGGUCGCCGGCCACCUCCCCUCCUCCUCCUCCGACCGCGCCGGCAACAAAUGCUACACGGUGGUCUACUCCACGCUAGAGGGCGACGACGGCGAGCCCCUCCAGGAGGCCGUGGCGGCGGCCUGCGUGCGCCCGCGCCCCCCGCGCGCCACGCCGAGGCGGUUCGCGGUGCACGACAUGGUGGAGGCGCUGCACAGCGAGGGGUGGUGGGCCGGCGUGGUCUCCGCCGUCGCCCCGGCGCCCGCGGUGGCCGGAGGGGAUCUGCGGCGCCGGCUGAGGCGGGUGUACCAGGUCGCGUUCCCCACCUCGCGGGAGACCAUCGAGUUCCAGGAGGCGGACCUCCGGCCGCACCGCGAGUUCGUCGGCGGCCGCUGGGUCCCCGCUGCCAAGGCGGACAAUGCAUCCCCUUUUUUCAGCGAGGGAGACCAAGUUGAAGUGAGUCAAUCUGGAACGAACUUUGGCGAAUCCUGGAAUCUAGCUACUGUUCUUAAAGUGAUUGGUGCUACAAAUUUCUUAGUAAAGUAUAUGCAUAAUGGAAAGGACGGGAAAUCAGCUACUGAGAUUCUGGAUUCUCAAUAUAUUCGUCCAGCACGCGGCAUCAUCCGUAUUGACUCAAAGUACAGAUUUUCUCCUUCUCAUGUUGAGGUCCUCCAUGAAGAUAGCUGGUGGCCUGGUGUUAUUCUGAAGGUCUUAGGUACUGGGAUCGACAAGAAGUAUGUAGUAAUGUUGGAUUGUCACAAGACAGAUCUUGAUGAGAUCGAUAUGGAUGCGCUGAGGGUUGAAAUUACGCAGCUCAGGCCACUCUGUGACUGGGACGGUGAAAAAUGGGUACCCUGCUUGAAGAAGGAAUCUGCAAAAAGGCCAAUUUCCGCUGACUUGGAUAAUGAUUUGGAUAAAAUCAGUGAUGAACCUGGUUCUCAUCGAGACAAAAAGAAGUUGAAGAAUGCACAUGUGUUACCAGAACAAAUUUCUCCCCUUUUGUCUGUUGGUAAAGAAAACAUUGAAAUUACUCGUAAGCCGGGAAAUGCAGUAUUGGCACCAAGAUCUGAGUUGUCACCUCCUUCACUUCCACCUAUGGCAUCAUUUGGCUGUCUGAGUUCUUCAUCUUCACCUGUUACAAGCUGUCAUCUUGCACAAUCAUCUUCUCACAUUCAGGCUUCGUUGUUUGGAGCGUUUGGACAGUCAAGGACUAUCCCACAGAGCCUGCCAUUAGGAACGCGAUCGCUUAUUAGCUCAUGUUUUACUGGUAUUAAAGGGUCAAAAAAAGUAUUAAGCGGUCAGGAUAAGCAGUCAACUGCUGGAACUGGGGCUGUACUGUUCAGACAAAUGAAGGAAUCUGCUAAUGGACCUCAAUUAACUUCUCCAAAAAGGCCAAUUUCCGCUGACUUGGAUAAUGAAUCGGAUAAAAUCAGUGAUGAACCUGGUUCUCAUCGAGACAAAAAGAAGUUGAAGAAUGGAGAUGUGAUACCAGAACAAAUUUCUCCUCUUUCAUCUGUUUGUAAAGAAAACAUUGAAAUUAAUCAUAAGCAGGGAAAUGCAGUAUUGGCACCAAGAUCUGAGUUGUCACCUCCUUCACUGCCACCAAUGGCAUCAUUUGGCCGUCUGAGUUCUUCAUCUUCACCUGCUACAAGCUGUCAUCUUGCACAAUCAUCUUCUCACAUUCAGGCUUCGUUGUUUGGAGCGUUUGGACAAUCAAGGCCUAUUCCACAGGGCCUGCCAUUAGGAACGCGAUCGCUUAUUAGCUCAUGUUUUACCGGUAUUAAAGGGUCAAAAAAAGUAUUAAGCGGUCAGGAUAAGCAGUCAACUGCUGGAACUGGGGCUGUACUGUUCAGACAAAUGAAGGGAUGUGUUUCUUUCCAAACAGCAGUGCCUCUAGUGGAGAAACCUGAAACUCCAAUGGAAGGGAUAGGUGCUAAAGGCAUUGAAGAAGGCAGCAACAUUAUCUCUUUCUCUGAAGACCGUUCACAAUCACACGAAGGUAAUGGAACACAUGAUUCUUGCCGUCCCUUGUCUGCGGAAACUGUGGCUGUGCAUGAGAGUAUCAUGCACACGAGUGGUUCAGAAUCCUCGGCAAUCCAGCAGCUUCCAAUUGUGAAGACCUCCCCACUGUGGGCACAGCUUGAGGCACUGGAGAUAUUCAGGACAACGCCACAGCGGCCAAAUCUGCAUCAGUUCCAGCAGCACGUUCCAGAGCUCCAUGAAGGACUGGCACUGGGUCUGAUGAUCUCUUUUGCUGAUCUGGCGGAAAGCAUAAACAGGCUGGGCGUUCAGGACGACGAUGAGCUACUCGAGCGGAAGAUGGAGUGCCUGGCUUAUCUCGAGGCAAGUGGUUUCGAUGUCGGGGACCUGAGAUCGCGCGUGGAAGCUUUAAUUCACAUGAAGAAUAGCCGUGCCGAACUGCGGGAAGCUUUGAGAAAGCUGGAGGAGGAGAUUGCUCGCGAAGAAGCCGACGUCCUAGAACUGGGCACGCUACUUCGCGCCCUGGCUAUGGCUGUCCGUCACCUUGAACUACAUGCCUAUCUUGUCCGCGGCGUAAUAAGGUCUGCCGUCGCACGGAGGAUGAACAAUGCCAUGGAGAUCUCGAGGCUCAAGGCGGAAGCGAACAAUCUGUCCACCGCCGUGCCGCGGUGAGUUUGGUGGGUGGGAGCACGUCAUCGUUACGCUUGUGAAUAAGUAGUUACCAAUGGUGAGUGGUGGGGAACGCCCUUCUAGAUGCAGUGUAGAUGGCGAGUAUUUUGCGUCGUGGAGUUGGCCGUAGUACUGGUGAGUCUUUUGUGUGUGUUGAGAGAUCAUGUUGCCGCACGGCGGUGACUUUGGUUAGAGAAUUUCAGCACACCUGUGAAUAGGUAGUUGCCAAUGGUAAGUGGCGGGGAAUCCCCAGCUAGAUCGAUGUCGUGUAGAUAGUUCAUAGCGCUAUCCUGGAGUUGGCAGUACCACUGGUGGGUCUUUUGUGUAUGUUGCUACCCUGGUAUGCUGUUACUUUUGGGCUCUUAGCUAAGUGAUAAAUGCCAGCAACAGCAAGAUAAUAGUUCCUUCCAAA